AAUUUCUAAGGAAUAGUUAAAAUUUACGCGGGAAUUGAGCGCUAUCUGUAACAACGCUUUGGAACUACGUUGCUGCCAAGCUACCGUUGUGGAAAAUCAGGUAGGAGUGUAAAUUUGUCUCUUGUACAUUUAACAUCUCCUCGUAGGAAUUUUGCUGGGCGGUGGAAAAUUCAAAUUAGCGUUUUACUGAAAGAAAAUAAAAACAUUUUCUCUCGACCAUGUCCGACAACGAAACUAGCCCAGCCCCUGAGGACACCAAGCGGAAGCGUGGACGCCCAUCAAAGGGCGGUUCUGAUUUGAAGGAGACUACUUCUAAAGAAGCAAAGAAGCGUGCAAAAUCUGGAGAUGACAAGAAGGAUGUAAAGAAGGCUGAUGGAGCAUCACCUGCCAAAAGGGGAAGAGGGCGACCAAAGGGCUCCACCAAGAAGAAAGGAAAAACCACACCCAAGAAGCCUGCAGGAGGAACUGGCAGAGGACGUGGACGUCCCCGGAAAGAGGAGAAGAAAGUAGAAUCUGCUGGUGAGGAAGAGGAGGUUGAGGAGGAGGAGGAAGAGGAGGAGGGUGAGGAUUAAGGUGGAAGGAUCGUGCUGUUGGAAGGCUUAGCAGGGGAGACUUACAUGCCUGACAGAUGAGAAUGGAAUCAAUGUAACUGGGAAGUUGUGGUAGCAGAUUUGGAACAUUGUGUGUUUUUUAUAUGAACAGAAUUUUUGCACUGAGAAUGCCCAAGUUGAGGUUACAUGUGGCCUAGAAUGUGUAUGAAGGAUUUUCAUAAUUUGGAAAUGUUUUUGAGUGUGGAGCCAAAAUGUUUUAAAUGUUUUGACUAUUGUAUUUCGGGUAAUAAUUGAAAAAGUUGACUUGUUCGUGUGGCUCAUUCUAGAAUGUCCUAUGCAUUGAUUCUAAACAGAUUGUCAGGGAGUGAUUUAUGUAUCUUAAUAUGGCUUUCUGUCAUAACAUUUGAGGUAAUUUUUUUUAAAUUUUUUUUGUUUGUUCAUUUACAUAGAGUAAUUCAUGUUUUUCCCAUUUAUGCAUAGUUAUAUAUGAAAUACAUUGAACACUCUUCGUGUACGAUCCCCUGUAGCUUUGAAUAAAUUUGUAAUCCAAGUACAAGUAUUUCAAUCUAUGUAAUUUCAAAGGAUCACAAAAGCUGAAGGAUGUUUUUUUUAUAAUUUUUUAUAUUUUUUAACAGUACAGUACAGUUCAGUGGCAGUUUAUAGGUUAAAAGUGAAUCAACAUAGAAAGCUGUUUUUAGUAAUAUUUGGUGGUGCAGUUCAAAUGACGGUUAUUACAAAUAUCUGUAAUGUUAAUGACCUGCAGAAACUAAGUACUAAGUUCUAUAGCUAAUAAGUAACUGGUGGGCAGUGUUUGAAGUAGUCUGCAUUGCUCCAGCAAGAACUGGUGAACUUUAGUCCUGGGCACAGGGAGCUGGAGGUUAUGGAACUGCACUUAAGUGAUCUUCUGACUGUGAGCCAUGACCUCGAGUGUAACAUUGACAUUGCAGCUCCAGUGUUCCUUGAAUAGUGCAUUCAUCCGUUUCAAACUACCAUUGUUCUCUGUUGAACAUAAUUAAAACUGUUUACACUGAAAAUAUACUGAUAAUUUUUACCAUAAGAUAACAAAAAUUUUACUGAGGUGUUCUCUAUUAGUUGUAAGACAAAUCACGCUUUGUUUGGUUUAAAUGUGUAGUAUUUUCAGUCAAACCAACUGUUUGGCUUGAGUGAUUCUUUUUAAUUGAAGUAUGUUUCAGAAUCAGGUCACUGCCAAAAAUGGACUUGAUAGAUCUGUAUUUUUAAAUGUGGUAGAUGUGUGUUAUCUAGUAGCAGACCUUUGUUUUCUCCCCAUGUCUUAAGGAAGUAAUUGAAUGGAAGACGUAGUGUGUGACGUUCCAUCACAGAUAGCUAUUAUUAGUAUUAUUGGGAUUAAAAAGUUACUGGUAUGUUUCUUUGAAUGUAAAACAAAAUUUUAUAAUGCGAGAAGCACUUGUUCCCUACUCAUUAUUCUGCUUCGGUAUGUGGAGGAAAUGGCAGGUUAGAGAAAAGGGACAAUUCUGAACCAUUGAUUCAAGAAGCGUUACUUUCUGUGUACUCAAAGACAUCCAUGAUAAAACAUUGUGUGUUUUAGAAUUUUAUUUGGGGUAUAUUAUCUGUUAUUUUGGAUUAACUGAAAAAAAUUUCUGUGAAUGCAACUAAAAGCCAUACAUGAAAUAGUUCAAUGUAAAAUUGUCUUUAUAUAAUCUAUCACUGCACAUUUUCUUUUAUAAAUAAAUGUAAUACAAAAUUAAA